CACUCACUCAUUUCUUCAUUUCCUUUCAUUCCCCCCUUAUAGACCAAUAAACAUAAAAGCAAAAAAUGCCUCCCAUCCCCGUAACCAUCGUCACCGGCUUCCUGGGCUCCGGCAAAACAACCCUCCUCCUAAACCUCAUCCCCCAACUCCCGGCAACCUACCGCCUCGCGCUCCUCAAGAACGAAUUCGGCGACGUCGCCAUCGACUCCCAACUCGCCUCCACGCAAUCAAUCUCCGGGGUCCGCGAGCUCCUCAACGGCUGCAUCUGCUGCAACCUGGUGGGCCAGCUCAGCGACGCACUGGACCAGCUGCGCGCAGAGGUGCAGCCGGACCGCAUCGUCAUCGAGACCAGCGGCAGCGCGUUCCCCGCCACGCUGGCUAUGGAGGUGAAUCGGCUGGCGCGCGAGCAGCCGGGGAGUCUGGUGCUGGACGGGGUGAUCAGUGUCAUCGAUGUCGAGAAUUGGCAGGGCUACGAGGAUACGUCGUAUACGGCGAAGUUGCAGGCGCGGUACACGGACCUGAUUAUUUUGAAUAAGUGGGAGAAUGUGUCGGAGAUGAAGUUUGAGGUGUGUUUGGAUCGGUUGGGUGAUUUGGAGGUUGAGACGCCGUGCGUGAAGUCGGAGAAGGGGCGCGUGGACAAGGAUGUGCUGUUGGGGAUUGAUGGGGCGUUGUUUGGGAAGGAGGAUGGUGUGGUGCAUGGUGAUCAUGCGCAUGAGGGGCAUGACCAUGCCCAUGGUCACCAGUCUGAGGUGGAGGUGCUGUCUGUCUCGUUGAAGACUGCGCAGCCCGAGGGGACGGUGGAUGUUGCGGCGCUGGAGAAGCUGCUGGGGUCUGCCCCGCGGGAUGAGGUCUACCGGAUCAAGGGCAUACUGCGCUGCUCGACCCAGUCUCCGCCCGCCGAAUCGUCGGAGAACCUGGAGGAACGGAAACCAGCGAGCGACCAGGCAGGCGCUACGGCAUACUACAUUCUCAACUGGGCCUUUGGUCGGUGGACGUUCACGCCGUCGGCGACUGUUGCGGAGGGCGCCGAUCCCGCUGCGGUGGCUCGGAUAACCUUCAUUCUGGCGCGGUGCGAGUCGGCGAAAUGGAAGAAGAAGCUGGAUGCGGGGGGUCUGGUGCAGGUGGGCGAGGCGAACGAGGGUGCGGAGUUGGUGGUGGAGCGACUGGUAUAGAUGGAACUUGGAUAGAUGACGCGGUGCGUGCAUCCGCCAGGCCGGGGAAGUUAGAAAGUUGGUCACCGUUGAUAGACCGUGGAUAGACCGUGGUUUGUACAUAGUUAGAGACGAAAGAUACCUCCAUAGAACACCGAAAGACCAUGUGGGUCUAAGCCAAAUAUUUGGA